CACACACACACAAAAGUAUUAUAUUUUGGCAAUUAGGGGUUUAUGCACUCUCUCUAAGCGGCGUAAGAACUCCAAUUAUCUGGUUCAAUAGAGAGCAGACCAUCUUCUUCUGUACCUGUUUCAAACCACAAAGAUCACUCUACCAUGAAACAAUUCGAGACUGAAAUCACUGGAAUUGAAGAAAUCGACAAUGGAGAAUACUGGCCGCUUUCCGGAAAACCCUUUGUUGAUAUGAUUCUCCCAAGGAGCAGUGUCAAUCCCCCCUACAUAUUUUAUGUACCCAAAAAAAUGGCCGACGAGCUUCCUUCUGAUGGAGCACCUGUAGUCCUAACUUGUGGUCGAAAGAAGUGGGAUAUGUUUUACGGUGGAAAAUCUAACCACAAAUUUAGCGGUGAGUGGAGAAAAUUUGUAGAUGAUAAUAAUUUGAAGGAAGGGGAUGGACUUGUGUUUGAACUUUCAGAGUGCAGUGCCAGCAAAAUCCAUUUCAGGGUUCAGAUUCUCAGAGGUGAUUUCCCAUCUGAAUUGGUGCCUAAAGGUGUGGCAGGUGCAAACAAUGACAACCCAAUACAAAUUGAUUAAAACUGCUCUUGUAAUUGUUGGAAGUUGUAGGUUAACUACAAGUAUUUGAAGCCAUGUUUACUCAAUUUUAUUUUCUGCAAGAUACGUCUGCAGUUUUCUUAGUUUACCUCAGGUGGAUGCAAACUCUGUAUUAAAAGAUUCGACUUUCUAUUAUAUUAUGGGUAUGUAUUGUCUAAAUUAUGAUUAUAGUGGUUAUCUUCUGUUUGUGUACUAAAGAUUGAUUUUCUAUUACUAAA